AAGCAGGCUAUAAAACAGAAAGGGACGGGACUCUGAGAAGGCUGUUGGUACUGAGGAAAGACAUACGGUACAGUUGGCUACGUCCUGUCUUCGGAAAACCUCUGCCUGACUGAAACUCGGAUGAUUUAAAGCAGGGGACUUUCUAACAAAUGACAAAGGACACUUGGAUAUAAGGAAGAAACUUAUUUCUUUUGGUUAGGGUGAAUAAUAAGUCGCUCUGAGUCGACAGUGGCUCCCUAAAAUACUCGCAAUCGGAGGAUUGAGGGAAAUAUUUCGAGGAGAGACGGAAAGAGAGGGAGGUUUGGGAUGCUGGUUCCCCGCGCGCUCCGCUCCUUGCUGUGCGUCCUGAGCUGCGCGUGGCUGCACACCGGAGCGGCCUCGCGGCUCAAGUCUCCCGCUCUGCCUAUCCAGUCAGAGAGAGAGCCGCUGCCCUUCAAAGGUUUGUCAGGAUGCUCAUUUGGAGGAAGAUUCUAUUCCCUGGAGGACACAUGGCACCCAGACCUUGGGGAGCCCUUUGGUGUCAUGCACUGUGUCCAGUGCCACUGCGAACCUCAAAAGAGUCGUCGCGGUAAAGUGUUUGGGAAGGUUAACUGUAAGAACAUCAAGCAGGACUGUCCAGACCCAAACUGUGAUGAUCCAAUCCUUCUGCCAGGGCACUGCUGUAAAACCUGCCCUAAAGGUGAUGAUGACAAGAAGCAGACAGACUCUGUACUGGAGAACUUUGAGUAUUUCCACGAGAAGGGCAAAGAGAAGGAGGAUGACCUCCACAAAUCUUACAAUGACAGAUCUUACCUGAGCUCUGAGGACGUUGGCCCCGGGGAGAGCCGCACUGACUUUGUAGCAGUGUUGACAGGGGGGACAGACUCAUUGAGCUCCAGUGGUGUUGCCAGAGCUCGCUUCUCUCUGACCAGAACCAGCCUGGCCUUCUCAAUCACAUACCAGAGAAUGGGCCGUCCCAGUAAAAUAGUCUUCCUGGAUUCAGAUGGAACCACUGCUUUUGAGUACAGGGUCCCCAAGGGACAAUCAGAUAUGAUCUGCGGAGUAUGGAAGAACCUGGCGAAGCCUCUUAUGCGACAGCUGCAGUCUGAGCAGAUGCGCAUCCGCGUGACCACAGCAGCAAGCAGACGGGAAGAAGUGGAGGGGAAGAUCAUCAAACACAGAGCUCUGUUUGCUGAGACAUUUAGUUCAACGUUGACAUCUGAGGAAGAGAAUUCAGGCAUGGGAGGCAUUGCCAUGUUGACACUGAGUGAUACAGAGAACAACCUUCACUUCAUCCUCAUUCUGCAAGGCCUCAUCAAACACAAGGACAAAGAGCCUGUUUUGGUGCCUAUCCGGGUUCAGCUUGUCUACCGCCAACACAUCCUGAGAGAGAUUAGAGCUAAUGUCACCUCUCAUGAUCCAGAUUUUGCAGAGGUGCUGACAGACCUGAACAGCCGUGAACUGUUCUGGUUAUCUCGUGGUCAGCUGGAGAUUGCUGUAGCGACCGAGGAUCAGGAUCCCCGACAAAUCUCUGGUUUCAUCACUGGCAGGAAAUCUUGUGACACUAUUCAGAGUGUGAUGUCCAGUGGUGAUGCAUUGACACCAGGGAAGACAGGAGGAGUGGGAUCUGCCAUCUUCAACCUCCAUGACAAUGGCACUCUAGACUACCAGGUACAGGUUGCAGGUGUCACCAGUGACGUGGUUGGUCUCACUAUUGAGCUGAAGCCAAGGAGGCGUAACAAGCGCUCAGUGCUGUACGACCUGAUGCCGGAGUACAGCAAGACAACAGGCAAGGCGGUGGGCAGCUGGAGUCGUCUGGAAGCCCGACACAUCCACAUGCUGCUGCAGAAUGAGCUGUUCAUCAACGUGGCCACGGCGCACAGCCAGGAGGGAGAGCUGAGGGGGCAGAUAAAGGCUCUGCUCUACAGCGGCCUGGAGGCACCCAGACACGAGUUGCCCACCCUUCUGGCUGGUCACUUUGUGUCUCCACCAGUAAGAACUGGUGCUUCUGGCCAUGCCUGGGUGUCAGUGGACAAACAGUGUCACCUGCAUUAUGAGAUUGUUGUUGCGGGCCUCAGCAAGGCUGACGACCUCACUGUGAACGCCCACCUCCACGGACUGGCUGAAAUUGGAGAGAUAGACGACAGCACCACCACACACAAGAGGCUGCUGACCGGCUUCUAUGGAUCACAGGCUCAGGGAGUAUUAAAGGACAUCAGUGUUGAAUUACUGCAACACCUGGACCAGGGAACAGCCUUCAUCCAAGUCAGCACUAAGCUCAACCCCCGAGGAGAAAUACGAGGAAGGGUCCAUGUGCCAAACAACUGUGAGUCUGGGACCAGAGGGGAGGUGGAGGAGGCUGAGUUUGACGACCUUUUUGUGAAGGACCCAGAGGAGCUGAAGAAAGACCCUCAUACCUGCUUCUUUGAGAACCAGCACCACGCUCACGGCUCCCGCUGGACGCCCAGCUACGACAAGUGCUUCUCUUGCAGCUGCCAGAAGCGAACAGUGAUCUGUGAUCCAGUCAUCUGUCCGGUGUUGACCUGCUCCAGAACCAUCCAGCCUGAGGACAAGUGCUGCCCCAUCUGUGAUGAGAGGAAGGAGCCCAAGGACAUGAAAGCUCCAGAGAGAGUGGAUGAACAUCCUGAAGGUUGUUACUUUGAGGGAGACCAAAAGAUGCAUGCCCCAGGAACCACAUGGCAUCCCUUUGUACCUCCCUUUGGCUACAUCAAAUGUGCUGUCUGCACAUGCAAGGGAUCUACAGGGGAGGUGCACUGUGAGAAGGUGACGUGUCCAGUGCUGACCUGCAGUCAUCCUGUGAGACGUAAUCCGUCUGACUGCUGUAAAGAGUGUCCGGAAGAGGACAGGACACCUGCAGGCCUGGAGCAUGGCGACAUGAUGCAAGCAGAUGGCCCGAGGCACUGCAAAUUUGGCAAGCACUAUUACCAGAACAGUGACAACUGGCAUCCCUGGGUACCACUGGUGGGGGAGAUGAAGUGCAUCAACUGCUGGUGUGAUUUUGGUGUGACUAAGUGUCAGAGGAAGCAAUGUCCAAUACUGACCUGCUCCAACAUCACCCGCAGAGAGGGCUCAUGCUGUCCUGAAUGUGUUGAUUCCAAAGAGGAAGACGAUCUGCUGAUGAAAGUUCCAGACAAAAGACGAACCUUUAGACACUGAUCUGUGGGACUUACACACAAAAAUCACCCAGACCUAUUUUUACCCAUAAAGCCCUCUCCUCUCAGAUGGACUUAAACCCAGAGCCAUACUGGGUCCUCCCACCUGCCCUCCCCCCUCCCUCCUCACCUCACACCCACCCUGUUAUCAGCUUCAGGAUUGUAAUGAGAGAAGAGAAGAGCAGAAACGGAGGAAUAAUAAAAUGAAAAUGACUCAUUAAGUGAAGGGAUGAAGCUAUGAAGAGGACCAACCAGACUUUAUAAACCUAUUGCCUUCUGCUUCCUGCCUUCCAUUUUUUGCUGGAAUUUCUAUCCUUUUUUUUGCUCAGUUUUUCAAAGCAGCUCAACAGGACAAAAGGUGUAGAUGUAGAUAUAAAACACACAGCUGGUCAGUGGGAUUCUUUUGCGGUCGGCGUUGAAAGACGUCCAGCUGGAUUUUAAAUGGUAAACGUUGGUAAGACUGCUCGAGUUGUAUUUCACCGACAGGGCUUCUUUUUGAAGUACAGCCAUAGCUACUGCAGCUCUCACCACUCUCACUGGACAUAGUGAGGAAAUUGUUGCUUAAUUCUGUAUGUAUGAAUGCAUGUGAUUGUGUGUAUGUGUGUGUGUUUUUUAACCAGUACGGAAACAGCAAUAAAGAAACACAAUAAACUUGGGUGGGAGAAGGUAGCGUUCAGAAAUUGUAAAAAAAAAAAAAGUAACAAAAAAAAAAAAAACCCAAAACACAGAAUGAAAACUUCUUUUCUUCAGUCAGUCUACAACUUUGAUUUUAUUGGGAGAGAAGUUUGGAACCAUCUCGGCCAGUUUCACCUCCUCUUGAUCUCAUCGCUUCCCUGCUUUGAUCGUCCCUGUUUCUGUUUCAAAUUAAGUAAUAUUUUUAUGAAGUUUCUAUCAUUGUUGUACAUGAAUAUGAGGCUGGUUUGUAUUUUGUAUUUAUUGAAUGGUGUGGAGACAAAAUAAAAAAGAUGUUUGUUGGUAA